AUGUCCAACGAAAGUUUCCCUCACUUUGGAACAGCCGCAAUCCAUGUUGGUCAGGAGCCAGAGCAAUGGGAUAUGAAUCAGGGUUAUUUGUCGUUUCGGUUGUGA